AUGAAAGUUAAGUAAAUUUUAGCUGUUGUCGGUAUCCCCUUGUUACUCGUCCUCGUUCUCGGUGUUGCCAUCUACGCUUCCCACGAAUCUUCUGAAACUGUCUUAUUCAAGAAGUCCCACAACUUCAGAGACAACAACGUUAAGAUUAACAUGUUCUCCCCCAAGAACACAAAGUGUAUUGAAAAAUGCAAAUCCACUGAAGUCGGAGGUGUUAAGGGAUACAACUGCGGUCAAAAGUAUCAAGUUUGCUGUGUUGGUGAAGAUAAUUGCAAAAAGGGUUCCUGGUUCGAUACUUGCAAGCAAAAAGUUACUGGUUUCUUCUGUGAAGACGAAGAUGACAAAAAGAUUUGA